UGCCCAGGCUUCAUGUGUCACGCAGCUACGCACCUCCUCCCGGGCGCCGUUGUUUCAUUUGCGCCAUUUUGUCCGCUCACUUUGUUGAUUGGGCUUUAGCGAGCUGUACUAGAGCCAAUCAGAGGGAAACCGGACAGCGAAGAUACGUGUUGAGAGAGGAUUGUGACAAUAACAAGUCAUGGAGCAGUACACCACUGCCACCACUACGACCGGGGAGCAGAUAGUUGUGCAGACCACCAAUGGACAGAUCCAGCAGCAGGCACAGGGCACAGUGACGGCUGUGCAGCUGCAAACAGAGGCGCCAGUGGUGACGGCCUCAGGCCAGCAGGUGCAGACACUCCAGGUAGUCCAGGGACAGCCUCUGAUGGUCCAGGUCAGCGGUGGGCAGCUCAUAACAUCAUCAGGACAACCCAUAAUGGUGCAGGCCAUGUCAGGAGGUCAGGGCCAGACCAUAAUGCAGGUCCCUGUAUCUGGAGCCCAGGGACUACAGCAGAUCCAGCUGGUGCAGCCAGGGCAGAUCCAGCUCCAGGGCGGUCAGACUCUCCAGCUCCAGGGCCAGCAGGGUCAGCCCCAACAGAUCAUCAUCCAGCAGCCGCAGACGGCCAUCACUGCCGGACAGAACCAGGGGCAGCAGAUCAGCUUGCAGGGCCAACAGGUGGCGCAGACAGCUGACGGACAGACCAUCGUGUACCAGCCUGUCAAUGCAGAUGGUACCGUCCUGCAGCAAGGAAUGAUCACAAUUCCAGCAUCCAGCUUGGCAGGCGCCCAGAUCGUACAGGCAGGGGGUGCAAACACCAACACGACUAACAGCGGCCAAGGCACUGUGACCGUCACCCUGCCCGUCUCCGGUAACAUGGUCAAUGCAGGUGGAAUGGUCAUGGUAAGACCCUGUGCAGAGAUGGUCCCUGGAGGCGGUGGAGUUCAAACAAUGCAGCGUAUCCCCCUGCCUGGGGCGGAGAUGCUCGAGGAGGAACCUUUGUACGUUAACGCCAAACAGUACCAUCGCAUCCUGAAGCGGCGACAAGCGAGGGCCAAGCUGGAGGCGGAAGGCAAGAUUCCCAAAGAAAGGAGGCAGAAAUAUCUACACGAGUCUCGCCACCGUCACGCUAUGCAGCGUAAGCGUGGAGACGGUGGACGUUUCUUUUCACCUAAAGACAAGGAGGAAAUGGCGUUGGCCCUGGCACAGUGGUGAUCUCUUCUUCUGGUCUGGUGCAGCAGCAGCAGCAGGAUGUUGCCGGGGCAGACGAGACGGUGGCUCAGAUGAUCAGAGUCUCUUAGCACCGACGCCAACAUCAGCACUUUCCUCUGUGAACUCCACCCUGCCUGAGACUCUUCAUCCCAGUUCACCCAUCUACUAAACCUGCUUUCAACCAUCAGACACCAAAACACAGCACUGCCACUCGGGUUGUCUUCUUCUCACUCUCGUGUCGGUCUUCCAGGGAGCUGACCAUGUGGCGGCUGAGACUGUAGACUUUUCAUCUUUCCUAAGAUGGCAGAUCGUUCCACGUUCAAGUUAUCUGGUCAAGCAUGUAGGACUAGAUUUUUACUCUCAUAAGGAUUUAUUUGAACAAUAUGGAAACAUGAUUUAUUUUGUAUACUGGCCUAGUCAAACAAAGGAAGCUGUGAAACCAUCCUUUCAUACCCCUGUCUGUUGAAAAGAGGAGAAUUGGUCUCCAGUGGAUACCUGUUGUUUUAAAUAUUUUUUUUGUAAAUGGUACAGAAUUUGUGUCACAGACACUUCAUUAAGCGUUGAUGCUUCACUUGUGUCUAUUAUCUUUGAUGUCAUGACUUUUUUUCAUUUUUUUUCAACCCCUGCCCUAGGGAGACGAAUUCAGCAUCAAAUGAACAAAAACAGAAAUGGGAUGCUAAUUUGAAAAUACUGUACAGAAAGUCUUUUCUUCCCCAAAGUGUACUUGCUAUUUUGCCCAAUUCUGUGGAUACAUUUUAUACAAUUUUGUGGUUAGAAAUAGUACUUGUGGGGUAAAAAAACAAUUGUCACCAUAAUACACAUUCUAUCCAUGUAGACAUUAGUUCAUUGGUGAGUCCACCCAAGGUUUACAUUUUGAAUGUAGAUAACAGAUUUUUUUACUCAUCAGAUGAAGUUCUGCGAUGUUUCUUUUUGUUUUUGCGAUUAAGAAAAAAAAAAUUGCCAUUGAAUUCGUCAAAACUGUGUCAAUUAAAUUUUUUAAGUUAUUGGUGGUUGCUCUUCUCCUAGUUUUGAUAUUCUAUAACCAUUGUAGAGUUGUAUCCAUUUGCAUGCUGUCAACUUAAUGGGAGCUGUAGUUUUUCACUUCUUUAUAUGCUCUGUUGGUGUAUUCAGAAAUGGAUAAUAAAUUUUGUAAUAUAAAAUUAUAACAAAGCUGUUAAA